AAACUUGAAGCAACUAAACCUGAAUUGGAGUGCUUACCUACCUAACCUGGAGUACGUGAACUUAGACCUGAGCUGAAAACUUUAGAAUGUUUUCAGCUCUGAAUACUUAAAUUUUACCUGGAAUUACUAAGUAACCAAAUAACGAAGUAGCUGUAUUUUUUUGGUAGUUCAUCCUCAUGUCUCGUUUUCUUAUUUAUAUUCGCAUAUUUGCAGAGAAUUUAUAUUUUUAAAAUGAUAAUCAAUGUGAAAAUUGGACUUCGGUUAUUUUGUAAGCCGCUAGUAUUUCAAGUUCCACGUUUUCCCGCAUUUCUGCCUACAGGAGUUCGAACAUUUUCAGAGACCAGAUUCAAUAUGGCCGCUGCUAAAGAUUUGCUAAGUUUUGUUGACGCUUCCCCUACUCCGUUCCACGUGGUGGCCAAGGCUGAAUCCGUUCUUGAAACUGCUGGCUUCAAACAGUUAAAUGAAAGAGAUGUCUGGAAGGGACAAGUACAGGUGGGAGGGAAAUAUUUCUAUCACAGAAAUAGAUCUACCCUCGUCGCAUUUGCAGUUGGGGACAAGUAUGUCCCAGGAAAUGAAUUCAAGGUUAUUGGAGCUCACACUGAUUCUCCUGUACUCAAGGUUAAACCUGUCUCAAACAGGACUUCAAACGGAUAUUUACAGGUUGGUGUUGAAUGUUACGGUGGUGGAUUAUGGCAUACCUGGUUUGACCGGGAUCUGACUCUAGCUGGGUGUGUCAUCAUAGAGAAGGAGGGAGCUUUCACUAGAGAGCUGGUAAAUCUGAAGCGUCCACUACUUCGUGUACCCAACCUCUGUAUUCAUCUCCAGUCUAGUGAAGAGAGAUCUUCCUUUACCGUUAACAAAGAGAACCAUCUCCAACCAAUCCUAGCCAUGGUGGAGUCAACACUUAACCAGAAGGAUGAGGGUCAGCAUAGCUCCGUCCUACUGGAACUACUAGCUGGAGAACUAGGAGUUCAAGUAGAUCAGAUUAAAGACAUGGAGCUCACUCUUACUGAUACUCAACCAGGAGCAACUUGGGGACCUAAGAAUGAGUUUUUAUCCAGCCCUAGGCUAGACAACCAGGUUCAUUGUUUCACAGGAUUAUCUGCACUGCUGGAGCACAGUAAAGAUCUAUCUAAUGAUACUGGAGUAUCAAUGCUUGCUUGCUUUGAUCAUGAGGAGAUAGGUUCAGAUUCAGCUCAAGGUGCUGGUAGCCCUGUCAUGUCUGAUGGUUUAUCACGUGUGCUGGGAUGCUUUGAUUCAUCAGAUGAAACUCUGAAAAUUACAAUCAGGAACUCCUUCAUGAUAUCUGCAGAUGUAGCGCAUGCUAUCCAUCCUAACUAUUCAGAGAAACAUGAAAAAAAACAUCAGCCGAAACUGAAUCAGGGAACUGUGAUAAAGACUAACAGUAACCAGAGGUAUGCUACCAACUCCGAGACUGGAUUCCUUCUCCGUGAGCUGGCUCGUCGUGCUGUAGUUCCUGUUCAGGAGUUUGUUGUGAGGAACGACUGUCCCUGUGGUAGCACUAUUGGUCCGAUUGUAUCAGCCAAGACUGGGAUUAGGACUGUGGACCUCGGUAUCGCCAGCCUCUCCAUGCACUCGAUCCGUGAAACUAUUGGAUGUGAUGAUAUCGAGACCAAUAUUAGGCUCUUCUCUACAUUUUACUCUGGAUUCGGAGAACUGGAUAAAUCCUGCUCAUUUAACUAACCCUGAGCAGUGAGCAGAUAGUAUUCUAUCCAAUGGAAGUUCUUAUAUUCGAAAAAAAAAUUCCAAACGAUGGCUAAACUUAAUACAAAGCGUCCCCUAUCAUAUCAGACUUUCUCCAAUCUUUAACGC